CAAAACAGGAUCCGCCAUUUUGAGAAUUUUUUCUUCGGGAAGUUUCUCCGGAACUUGUGUCUACCAACUUUUACAAGGUUUGAGACUUUCAGGAGCAACAUUAAUAGUGAUGGAGACCACCAAUGGUAGCAGUGCUGAAGGUGAGAGUCCACAGUACCAGUGCUCACACUGUGACUACCAAACUACCAGGAAGUGUAGCUUGGACAGGCACCAGAAGUCCCACUCUGGAAACAAAACCUUCAGAUGCAAACACUGCGACUUUUCCACCAACAGUGAACAGUACUUGGAGGUACAUGUGAUGAAGCACACUGGAGCUGGUAUAAGGUACCUUUGUGAGGAGUGUGGGUUCACCACUGCAUCCAAGUCUCAGUUUACAACUCACUGUAGAACUCACGCAGCCUUCAAGUGCGACAAGUGCGAUUUCUCGGCAUCACAGAAGGGUAACUUAGACAGACAUACACAGAGAUGUCACAGUGACGCAAGCAAGGCGGCGGUCCUAAAGUGCGACAGUUGUAAGUAUCGUACGAAAGUAAAAGACAGUCUUCUCCGGCAUGUGAAGCAGCGCCACCCAGAGAAAGACAUCAGGAACUGCAGCGUAGUGUGUGACUUCAUGGUUCCUCUUGAUGCACACAUGAAAAUGCACACAAAUGAAAAACCUUCAGAAAGUAAUGGAACAGGUAAUGGUCAGGAACAGGAAUGCUACUCUAGCCAGCGCAGAAAAAGAAGCAUCAGCACUCUAGAAGAGAGUGUUAAGGGUACCGAUUCUGAUGUAUCAAAUACCACCAGGAGGUUGUUGCGUAAACGCACUGCAACUGAUCACAAGAACGUUUCCGAGUCGCACGCAGAGCUGCGCUGCAAAGACUGCGGUUACGUCGCUACGAACAAGUCCUGUCUCACGCGACACACGAGGACUCACACGGGGGACAGGCCGUUUAAGUGUUCUCUUUGCAACUACGCCACCACACAGAGCUGCCACCUGGACAGACACAUGGACUGGCAUGCCGGAAAGGUGAAGAAACCCUUCGCGUGCAAGACGUGCAAGUACAGGGCGUACAGCCGUUCUACCCUGGAGGAACACGAAAGAAUACAUACGGGUGAAAAGCCUUUCAAGUGUGAACAGUGCGACUUCGUAACGGCCCACAAAAAGUGCCUUAGAACUCACAUGGCCAAACACACAAAGGGAGAUGACCUCCAGUGUGUCCAGUGUAGUUAUAAAGCUCCCAGUGGAUAUGCGCUGUACGUACACGCCAUGAAACACACCAAGGAUAAACCAUGUGUGUGCAGUCUUUGCGGGUAUAAGACAUCCUCAAAGGGUGAUCUGAAGAAACACACUGCUACCUGCAAGAGGACUGACAAAACACCCAAAAACAAUGUAGAAAGCACAUGCAACAGUCCCUCAGUCAACAAUGUGACUUCAGAAAUGCAGGAAGAAGUGGCAGGUAGUAGUUUAAGUCUAACUACCAAUACAGAACCACAGCAAACACAGGCCAACUUAGGCCAGGACUGUAGUGACAAUACAGAAGAACAAGUCAGAAAGGAAUUUAAACCUGUAGCAGAAGUAUCAAUAAGUUCUGAUAUAGCAGAAAAAAUAGUGCCUCUUGACUGUCAGGAAAGUAACAGGGAACAAAAAGAAGCCAGUAUAAAUGGUCCAGGCAAAGACUUUGACUGUACUGCCAUGAAACUCGACCAAGAAACGCUCCCCCCUUGCAAGAUGCAAACAAAACCCAGUGAGCUUGUGAGAAAUGUAGCUACUGAUACCACACUAGAUCACAAGAAUGCUGUUACAGGUCCAGCCAGUAUAGUUGACAUCAUUGUAGACACAGCAGAUUCAAGUCAAGAGCCUAUGAAGAAUGAACAGAUAGUCUGUAGUCUAGAGAAAGAUGGAGACAAUGGGCUGUCACUGGCACAAGCAGGAGAUGAACCAAGUGCAGAUCUUGAUUCUGUAGAACAAGUUCAGUCAGAAACUUGUCAGAGUUCAAGUGCUGUAGGCAACAUGACUGUAGAAGUAGAAUCUGAUGACACUGGGUCUCAGCAAAGUCAAGUAGUGAUAACUACAGCCAAGGGUGUAGGAAAUGGACAACCUGUGGAGACCGAGAUGUUCAAAUUCCAGUGCACCACCUGCAUGUACAAGACCAGCCACCAGAAGGCCUGGGACCUCCACCUGCAUCAGGUGCACCCCUCGGGCGACACCUACAGCUGUAGCACCUGCGACUUCUCCACGAGUAGUGAUGUCGCUCUCCUCGAGCACAGAAUGCAACACCACUCUUCUUCCACUGCCUUUUCCUGCAACCACUGCAAGUACAAAACUAAGCAGAAGGUUCAGCUGGAAAGACACAUGCGUCGACAUAGCAAGGAGAGACCGUUAAAAUGCGAUCAGUGCGAUUUUGCUACUGCGAACGAGCAGUCCUUCAAACAGCACACAGCGGCACACGGCAACGAGAAACCGUUCGCGUGCCCGGAGUGCGAUUUUAAGGCCAAGUAUAAACCGCAGCUGGCGCGCCACAUGAUGACACAUGCAGACAAGUUGGGGAAUGUCGAUCAUCUUCUAGGUGUGAAGGUGUUCUUGUGUGAGGAGUGCGGCUUCUGUGCUUUCAACAGCACUUCCUUCAAGAGACACGUGAGGUCGCACACGGGAGAGAGACCCUUCAAGUGCGAGCAGUGCGACUUCUCCACCGCCCAGAAGGGCCACCUGAAACGCCACAUGAGCUGGCACAACGGCACGCUGAAAAAGAGACACGCGUGCACCCUGUGUUCUUAUAAGACGGAAAGCCGCACGUGCCUAACCACUCACAUGAACAUUCACACUGGCGUAAAACCCUUCAAAUGCCACCUGUGUGACUUUGCGUCCGCUCACAAACGAAGCUUAGAGCAGCACCUCGCCCGCCACAAAGGGAUCAAACGUUUCACCUGCGACAUCUGCGGAUUUCAGACCGCAGAAAGCUCCCAAAUGACCCUCCACAAGAGAAAACAUCUACCCAACAAACAACUGCAGUGUGAUCAGUGUAAAUACUCGACAGUUUGGCCGAGCAACUUCAAGACCCACAUGUUGAAGCACAAGGGUGUGCAGAAGCACAGGUGUCACCUGUGCAACUUUAAGUCAACCGACAAGACUGCGCUCGCUGCCCAUCGCGAGACAGCUCACAAGGAUAAACCGUACAAGUGCACUUUCUGUGACUUUGCCACCGGCUACAAGAAAAGCCUGAGCCUGCACCUGAUGACACACACAGGCGAGAAACCUUACGCUUGUGACAUGUGUGAGUACAGGUCCUUACUAAAGUGCAGUAUGGACGAACACAAGAGGAGGCACGUUGGAGACAAACCCUUCGCUUGUGACCUCUGUCCAUACAAGUCUGUCAAAAAGAGUGCCCUGACCAGGCAUAUGAAGAAACACACCGGCGAGCGGCCCUACCAGUGCGACCAGUGUGGUUUCAGGGCCUCGCAAAAGGAGACCAUCAACCGCCACUUGGAGCGGCACAUCCGGGAGAAAGUCUUCCAGUGUUGCAAGUGCGGGCUCAAGACGGGAACGGCUGGCAAGUUGAAGAAGCACCAAGAGAUAUGUCAACAGUAUGUCCAGGUGCCGGUAGGGCGGGUACACGUGCCAUUGUUCAACCCAGACGAUGUGCUACAGCAAGCAAUGGCACAGGCCUCUCCAGAGCUAGAGCCUACCCAGGACAGCAUACAGGUUAGCACAGUACAAACUGAGGAUAUACUGCAUACGUCAGUGCUCAAUCUUAGCACACAGACGGAAGAAACAAUUUCACAGUCUACAAAACUAGGCAUAACAGCCAUCAUUCCCGAUGCAAACAUGGAGACAACAAGAAGUGGAAGCCCAGAAACAAAUGUUGUGCCAACCAGUGAGAGUCAAAAGCAGUUCAACCUAUCUGUUGGUAGGACUGUGGAAGUAACCAAUGAAAUCCCAAGUUCUAGUGUGGUAACAAGCAGUGAAAUAGACAGUACAGGUGUGGUACCAACCAAUGGCAGUGUUGGAACAUGUGAGGAAACAGGUGUGGAAGGGACCAAUGAAAUCACCAGUACAACUGUGGACACAGCCAAUGAGAUGGCUAGCACAGGUGUGGAGCUAACCAAUGGCAGUGCAGGAUCAGAUGUGGAACUGACCAAUGGCAGUACAGGAACAAGUGAAGGACUGAUCACCACCAUUUCAAUUCCAAACGCGAUACAGCUGACCGGACAAGACGGAGAGAUCAUUCUUAUCGAACCGGGAGUGUUCGAGAACGGCGGAUUCCUCGGAACAAGUGGAAUGCAGAUUCGCGUAACUCCGGAACAAAUCCUACAACUUCUAGAACGGAACACCCUCCAGGACAGCGGACAGUCAGAAACAGAGACAAAAGAAACUCAAUCAUGAUACAAAGUCACAGAAAUAUUCCCACACCACAGAGUGUUUAAAAGCUAUUUUGUUGGUUUGUUUUGUUGUUUUUGUUGAUUCUAGACAUGUAGCUUUCACAAAACAGCACCUGCUCACUUACAAACUUCAGUAAAAUAGUAGCUCUCAUUUGCAUAGCUAUUGAAACCACUAUGGUAUUUACCUGUAACAUUGAGAAUCAAAACAGUGAUGAUACAAAAUCACAGAAAUAUUUCCACACCGCAUAACAUUUAAAAGGUACGUGUAUGUUGUUGGUUUGUUUUAUUUGUUGAUUCUAGGUACGUAGCUUACGCGAAACACCACCUGCUCACUUACAAACUUAAGAAAAACAGUACCUCUCAUUUUCAUAGCCAUUAAAACCACUAUGGCAUUU